AUGCAAACAGAAUUGGCUACAAUACGACAAGAUAUUCAUGCUCAUCCAGAGAUGGCCAUGGUAGAAAAUCGAACAUCAGCUCUGGUCGCUGCUAAACUUAAAGAAUGGGGUCUAACAGUUACUGAAGGUGUUGGUGAAUUGGGGGUUGUUGGAACAUUAACGAGUUUCAAGCCAAGUAAUUGUUCUAUUGGUCUUCGUGCUGACAUGGAUGCUUUACAACUUGUCGAAAAAAACAAUGUAUCAUAUAUUUCGACAAAACCUGGUACAAUGCAGGCCUGUGGCCAUGAUGGACACACGGCAAUGUUGCUAGGUGCCGCAAAAUAUUUGUCUCAGCAUCGUGAUUCAUUCUGUGGAACUGUUGAAUUUAUCUUUCAACCAGCUGAAGAAAGACUCAAAGGUGCUCUAGCCAUGAUUAAUGACAGUCUCUUUGAACGAUUUCCUGUCGAUGCUAUCUAUGGAUUACACAAUGCUCCAGAACAGUUGGGAACAUUUUCUAUCCGAUCGGGUCCUCUGAUGGCAGCAUCCGAUCGUUGGCUUGUAACAUUUCGAGGUACAGGUGGUCAUGGUGGAGCAGGUGCUCAUCUUGCUACUGAUGUUACAGUAUUACAAGCACAAUUCAUCAUGGCAUUACAAACUAUUAUUAGUCGUAAUAUUAAUGCAGCAGAUCCAGCAGUAAUCAGUGUUGGUGCCAUUCAAGCUGGUUCUUUCGAAUCAAGUAAUGUUAUGCCAUCGGAAAUACGUAUUGGAGGUACUGCACGUACUUUGACUACAUCAGCUCGUGAUAUUAUCGAACGACGAAUGAAUGAAUUAGCAAAUAACCUAGCUGCUGCUUUUGGUUGUACGGCUCAUGUUGAAUAUUUUCGACGAGGAAUUCCGCUUGUUAAUCAUGAUGUACAAACAAAACGAGCGAUUAAAGCUGCUGAAACUGUCGUUGGUUCAAUGAAUGUUAACAAGAAUAGGGAACCUAGGAUGGGUGCUGAAGACUUUGCUUUCAUGCUUGUGAAACGACCUGGUGCUAUUAUUAUCAUGGGCACCAAUAAUGGAACAGCAGUUAAUAUGUUAUAUUCACCUGAUUAUGACUUUAAUGAUGAUGCAAUUCCAUUUGGUGUCGCUUAUUGGAUAACUCUUGUUCAACAAGAACUUAACAAUUGA